CUACAGGCAAGGAUGUUUGCCAUGGAAGAAGAGAAGUAGGGUUUUGUUGAAAGGGAAAAUACCAACUUGCUGUAGAAACAAAAGAAAAAGAAAUUGAUGGACUGAAAGAAACAUUAAAGGCAUUACAGGUAAGCUAUUAUUUUUGUUAAAUGACUUUUUUUUUUGGUAUUGCAAGUGUUUUGGGUUUAGUUUAUUGCUAGUAAGAAGCUAGUUGUUUUGAAGAGGGUCUUUAAGGCCUUCUCAUCUAAUCUUUCUAGAACAUGUAGACAUGUGACACCUGACUAACACUGAGUUUCUGUUCUAAUCUUCAGUGCCAAGACUACUCUAAGGUAGCCCCUUCCAACUAAUGUCUCUUCCUCCAGAAGAACUGCAGGUCCAGAGGUUCAGAUAGUGUGUGAAGUGGGCUUUCUUUUCACUUCCACAGUCUUCCUGUUUCUUUCUGUUCUUGUCAUCUUACUUCUCACCUGUCUGGAAUCUCUGGGUUUGGACUCCUAAACAGAAAUAAGCUUUCGCUCUGGGCCUCCAACUUGCAGUGCUACCUGUGGUUUUGGGUAUUUUCCUUUGUUUCACUGGGAGGUGUCUGUAUUUACCACUUAAUCCAUGGUUUAAGACCAAAGCAGAUAUGUUGAAAAUUGAUUAUAAGCGUUGUAAUUCAUUGUCAGAUUUCAGGUAUUACCGGGAACUAAUUAUUUUUCUGCUCAAAACUGAGUGGGAUAAUAAUUAAUUCUAUUGAAAACAAAUUAGUUAUAAUGGAUUAUUACCAUGAUUUUGCAACUUGCUUUGGUUCUUAUCAACAUUCUCUUGUGAUGGGAUGCAUUUACAUGGUAUCAGAUCGUUUAUUUAACCAUGUAGUUAGCACUGAAUGUAUCUUGGGAGCAAAAAUUAAUUCCCAUGGUUGGCCUGUGCAGUGUCUGUAAGGAUUUUGUUGCCUUGUUCAAACCUUGGCAUAGCACAGAUGAUGUAGAAUAUCCCUCCAUGGUCUGCUGAACGUAAUAUGUGGACAGAAGGAGGAAUAAAAGAUUCCACUGGCCUUUCUCUUGUGGGAUAAAACAGAAAUUUAAAAGAAGCUUAACUGAAAUGUUUAGUGUUCACAGAUCAAACAUUUGUGUUACAUUUUAGUUCAUAUCUAGGAAAUUCUGCUGUGGCUUGAGGAAGCAGGAGGUCACAAUGAACAUGUGAUCCCAGGAAAACUGUUUGAAGGAAUUUUAAAUUUGAUUCUGUAUUCCUCUCUAUCCAGAGAGUCAGAAUUCUACCUUAAAAUGAUGGUUCUCUUGGUUUUUCCUGGAAAUAAUGUUUUCUGUAUAAGAUUUGCACACACUGGGUUCUUUGAAGUGACUUUUUUUUUUUCCUUUUACUCUUCAGUGUGGUUCAAAUCAAAAUACUCUGUCAAUGGUGUAUUAAAAUAGUGUUAAUGGCUUCUAAUGUCAGCUGAAUAUUAUUAAAGCAUGUGAGAUUGAUACAAUAUCUCUUUAUAGGCUACCAUUCAGAAUAUCUAACUAGAUGGUUUUGGGCUUUUUUUUUCCAACAGGGAACAGACAUAUAUUCCUGUAGGAGUUGAGGGAAUACUUUAAUUACUAUCUCUGUUUUCUUCUUUCUAAGAGUCCAUUUACACUUUAUUUUUAUACCUGUCAGAAAACACAAGGUUUUAUGCAUUUUUUUCAAAACUCCUCUAGUAACAAAUCGGUGUAAAGUGGUUUUACGUAAUUUAAAUAUUGAAGUGAAAUUAUGUAAAAUGAAUCUAAUAAUAGUGUCAUCAUUAAUUCAAAACUAGUACUACUGUGUUGGAUGGAUUGGCAACAAGUGCAAUUGAAUGUUAGGUAUAACAAUGCCUAAAUAUGCAGGUUGUUGUCAGAAAAAAUGUGAGUACAAUUCAUUGAAUAACUCUCUUGUUUUACAGAUUUCAAAAUACACUUUACAAAAGAAACUAAAUGAAAUGGAUCAGAAAUUACAGAUGCACUUGACAGCGAAAGAGGAGCAUCAUAAGAAGCUGAACGAAGUCGAGAGGUGUUACGCUACUAUUGCAUCUCAGUUUGGAAUCAUAAAGGGGGUCCAUGGAAAACUAGAGCACAGUGUGCAGGAAGCCAUACAGCACAAUAAGAAACUGACUGCAGUGAACAAAAGACAAGAGACUGAAAUAAGUAAUCUGAAGGAAGAACUGAAGAAAGUAACUACAGACUUGAUAAGGUCCAAGGUCACAUCUCAGUACAGGGUGGGAGAAGAAAACAUCAAUCUUGCAGCGAAGGAAAAACAGUUUCAAGAACUGCAGCAAAAAAUCAGAAUGGAGACUGCAGUUAGUAAAAAAAUUCAAGAAGAAAACACUCACAUUAAAGAAGAAAAGCUGGAAAUUCUCAGCUCUCUCCAGUGUGUGCAGGAGCUCCUUCAGCGAAUAACCCAAAUGAAUGCCAGAAUGGAAAGUGAAUUAAAUGCACUGAAAGAGGAAUAUCAGGCCCUUGAAAGAGAUAAUGAGCUGCAAAGGGAGAAGGCAAAGGAAAAUGAAGAAAAGUUCCUUAAUCUUCAGAAUGAGCAUGAGAAAGCACUAAGAACUUGGAAAAAAGAUGAGGAAAACAUGAGAAGAGAAAUAGAUACUAUUAAAAAUGAGCUGAAUUCCCUUAAAGGACUUCAUGGACAUCCUGAAGAUUAUCAUCUUCCUCAGGGAAAUCAGCAGUCUGAGCAAGUCAAAAAUCUGCAGAUGCAUUCAGCAGUUCAGCCCGUGCCAACAAACAUGAGUGGUCAAGAACAAUCAAAAGACAGUGAAAUACAGGCUAUUCAGAAAGAAAAUGAGUUCAUACAAUCUGUAAUAAGAAAAUAUGGUAAUUGUGGACAUGAAGAAGAAACUGAAGUAAAAACCACAAGAGACCACUCUUCAAACACUGAGGAAUUACAGACAGAACAAAAUUUACAAGUUCUUGAAAACAGUUCUAAGGAUGAAAUUAAUGUUGCUAGUGCUUGUGAAGAAAAGCAAAGGGAGGCUUCUCCCAGGAAUACCCUCUGCACAGAUACUGAUUUAAUUACCCAAGGACAGAGCUCGGAAAUGCAUGUCACUGGGAGCAAAGAGGCAGAAAAUCCAGGAGCAACACAGAGAAUGUUACUGGAUGAAAACAACACAAAUUUAGAACAAAAGCCACAGGCCAGCACUGAGCCAUUGGCAGGAGGCCACACGCAAAGAAAGGCCUUUUUAGACAGUACUGAGCCUGUAGGUGCUGACAAGAAAAAUGGGAAUCAGGAGACCAACUCCAGCAAGCAAGAACUGUGCAAUGCUACAGCUGAAUCAACUUCUGCUAAGGCAGACACAAAAUCAGACACCAUACAACACAGCAAAAGUGUCCUUACACCUGAAGCUUUCAGUCCUGAGCCUGAAGUGGUUCUUUGCACUGAGAAGAACUCUCUGUGUGAGAGAAGUACAGGUGACCAUCAAGCCAAGGAGUUAAGUUUUGGCAUCCUGCCUUACACUAAAGAAAGUUCUCAAACAGAAUACCAAAAAUGUAGCUUGCUGACCAGUGACAAUUAUGUGGGCAACAGAUUACAUAGAACAGAAAAAAACUUAAAUUGGAGUGGUUUCCAUAAACUUCCUCUUAAACAGAUACAUGCAGAUGCUGAAGACAGAAAUGAUGCCAGGAACAUAAACACAAAUGGUGCACUGGGGAGCAGUGGAGUUCCAGCAACUGAUGCUCAAAAUCUACCAACUGUGUAUGGUGAUAAUGCAAGUGGUGAUGACGCUGUGAAAGAACACAGUGACAAUAUGUCUGUCUUAGCUACUUUCAAUUUAUGCCCCCCAAAAACUGAACGAGGAAUAAAUGCAGGUGACAUGCCCAGCAAGCAGCCCGAACAGGACACUACUAAACAAACAGGGAAUGCUACAAAUCCAAGCACGUCCAAUGCUGAAACCACACCUCCAGUAAAGGCUGAUGGUCUGGAAAUUGCUCAUAAAAAACCCCCAACAGAUAGAGCUGGUACAGAUAAACUAAUUCCAUGCAAAAAAAUUAAUGAUGAUACUCAGAUGCACUCCAUCAAAAGUGGACAUUCCCUGGAGAUUAAUAAUUCAACAAAUAACACAUUGUUAAAAGAGAAAAAAGACUUGCUGAACAGUACAGUUCCAGGAAGGAAGUUUGCUGAGGGUCACCUGAAAGAAUCAUGCUCUUUACCCAUGAGAACAUCUGGAAAUUUAGUAAACAUAAGUGGAAGGUCAUCCUUUGAUCUUUCAACCUCAGAUAAAAAAGCUGAGAAAACUCCACUAUACUUCAAUUUUUUAGACCUCGGUUCUUGUUCAAGAGUAAAUCAAAUGAGAGGUCAAGCUACAUGGACUUCAGCCUCCAAGGAACCUUCCCUUUUGAAACUACCAUGCUUGGUGGAAAACACAAAGGUUAUUUCAAAAACACAGUGUCAAAAUCUCAGUGAAAAUGUGGACGCAGGAGAAACAGGACAAGGUUCUACCAGUUCUAACAGAGCUACCAACACUUUGAAUACCUCUAAUAUCCACCAAGACCCCCAGGGAGAUCCUAGUGAAGAAUGGAAUGCUACAGCAAAGACUUUUUAUGAUUCCUCUUUUCCCACAGAACAUGUGAAAGAAGGAUUUGCUGCUUUACAGCAGAAGCAGAAGUCUUUUCCCGUGACUGUAACUCCAGCAAGAAGUGAAAAAGCACCCAGAGAUGAGGACAGCUCUGCUCUUCAGAACUCCAUUAUACAAAACCAAAUAGAGACUGAGAAAUUCCUGAAUUUGGAGAUACUUCAUUCAGCAAGAAAAAGAAAAUAUGAAGAAGGCCAGUGAAAAUGAGUGUCAGGAGAUAAGCAUGUCUUUUAGGCAUAGCCAGAUCACUUACCUAAACCACAUUUGUAGAGGUAUUCCUAUAGAAUAUGGUAUAUAUGUGUACUUUCACGUUUAAUACAGCAUAUAAACAUUUCUUUUGUUCAAAAAUUGAUACAGUUCCUACUAAUUAUGUUAGUUCUGUUUCUGCAAUCAAAUUCAAGUUACUAUUGGCUUUGCCCAAAGUUAAAAAGUUCCUAAGUUAAUGUUUUAAUAUAUGUUAAGUAAAAUUAAACAACUGCUUAACUGUACCCUUUUCCUGUUGAGCAGAAGUUUUGGCUGAAAUAGUUCAAUUCAUUUUCUCUGCCAGACUGCUCAGUUUUCAAGCAAGAUCACAUUCAACUGUUUCAGAAUACAGUGGUUUCUACACUUACAACUAAUUCCAGCAGUUCUGAGUGGCAGAAGAACAGAAAACUCUUCUGCUUACCUUUACUGCCAAAUUAUGUAAGCAUAUCUGUCCUAGUAGAUUCUGUAUCAAUAAGGUUUCUUUCAACACUAAAGCACCAGGUAUGAUUACAGAGAUAAGGCAGCAGAUCUGGCUUCAUAAAGCUUCACUUCUAACUGGGUCACUGUAGUGGGUUUCUCCUCCCUUGGAAGGGAAAUUUUCUCUUACUUUACAAUUACUUGCACUACAUUUUUUGGACCUCCCUCCCUUCCUUCCCACGACUCUUGCAAAGAAAGAUCCUCAUACUGUAAACCUAAACAUGAACAAAAGAACCAAUAUUGCCAGUUUGUUGCUGCUAAUUAUGUAAGAAAAUCAACAGAAGAUAUUUUCCCAUGGUAGUUUUAUUGCCUUUUUCUUUUUGUGUUGCAAUUUAAAAUAUUGAGCCUGUUUAAACCAAUUGCAUACAUUUUUUAGAAACAUUUCACAAAUUGUCAAAGUUUUGAAUAAAAUUCCUCUAUACUGAUA